AUGAGCGACGCAGCCUCAGCACUCCGUGCAAAGCAGAAACCUUUGAAGGACAAGUAUCGAUCCGAUCCUUCCAGCGCGGUCGUCACCCUCACGAGCACCGGUUCCCUCGAUGCCACGAACCUGACUUGCAGUCUUGGAGCUGCCUCGGCUGCGAAGAAAGUCGCAGGCCUACAUCCCGCAGCUGGUGGCCCAGGCUUCGACGCUAGUGGAGAGCUAUGUUCUGGAGAUAUGCUGCUCGAGAGUCUUGUCGCAUGCUUCGGUGUUACGGUGCGCGCAGUCGCGACGGCGAUGUCCAUUCCGUUAGAAGGUGGCAGUAUCACUGUUCAGGGAGAUCUGGAUUUCCGUGGAACACUGGGUAUCAAAGAUGAAAAUGGUGGGUCAGUCCCUGUAGGGUUCAAGUCUAUAAAGCUCGUUCUGCGGCUCGAUGUGGGCGAGGAACAUAAAGAGAGCGUGGACAAGUUGAUCAGCAUGAGUGAGAAAUACUGCGUGGUACUGCAAACAAUCAAGCAGGGUGCGAGCGUGGAAACGAAGUUGGCGCACAUCGGAAAGAGUGUUCCUGAUACACGCAAGGACGAAGAUAUACAACAAGACGGAGAGACAAAGGCGGAGAGGACGCUCAGCAACGAGGACGUGAUCCCUUUGCAGUAG